AUGAAAGAGUCAGAUAUAAUGCAGAUGAACGACAUGUUACAGGUUGGUAUAAGGCCGUCUCAAUUCUAUGGUUCUUUUGCCAACCAAUCAAAAGGGUAUAAAAAAAUAGGGUUUCAUAGGAAGGAUAUAUAUAAUCAAAUAGGAAAGCAACGCCUUUUGCAACGACGUGAUGGUAAAAAUGCUUUACACUAUCUUCGUGGGCUGCCAUCAGAUGAUUCGAUGAUGUUUUAUCACCACACUGUUGAUGGAGAAGGUAGGCUUGAACAUCUUUUUUAG